CACGGACCGCGAGAUCGUGACCUGGCCGAAGUCGGACGCUUAACCGACUGCGCCACCCAGGUGCCCCAGGGUCUUUCGCUUUUUAACAGCAAAAAUGACCUGGGGACUGAAUUCCCCGAGGGGAGGGCAGCUGCUCCCUGUUAGGCUCUGGUGACUUUGCUUGGAUUCCUGUGCCGCGCCCAGGGGUAGCAAAGCACCCAGAGAUGGACGGAAGCAGACGGCGAGCCUGCCCGAGGCCACGAGUAGCGGCGUUUCCGGGCUGUGACUCACUGGGCAAGAGUGAGGUGCAUUCGCCCCACUUUGUGGGUGGAAAUCUCUCUGGGACCAAGUCCUGCCACAAAUUCCCAUGACUCCUGAGUGCAGCCCAGGCAGCUACAACCAUAAUUUGUGGACAUGCGUUCUGUGCCGUCAUUCACGUAAGCCGCAUGCCUUGGGCUGUCCCUGGUGCCCCUGUGUGUUUCGUUUUGCCUGCAUAUGAUGUGAGUUUGAGUUGUCCUGCUUUGAUACCAAUGCUGUCUCACAUAACGUGUCCCUUGCUGUCCCAUGUGUGACACAUGUGUUCUGUGUCUUACCCUGGCUGUGCAGGGGCUAUUUCCUCGGUGCUGCCAGCUCCCUUUGUGGGAGCCCUUUAGGGUCCAAGGCUGGGCCGCUGUCACACCCAGGGAGUACAGUCAGCAUUCCAGCCUGACCCCCCACGGGCCAGGUGACCAAGCCUGACCUUCGGCUGAGACUAUCCGUGUGAGGGGCCAGGUAUCUGCUUCCAGCCGUCCUUAGCACUGGGUGCAUUGGGUGCACUCUCACGGGAUACCUUUCCAGACCAGCCUCAUGGCCCUUCCUUCCCCUAGUCUGUGCCGGAGCUGGGAGGCAGCUGGAGGCCAUUAUGAAACGAGCUCUGUGGGCCGGUGAGCAGGCAGGUGGGCGCAGGCAGCGGGGGCAGGAGGGGCUGGGAUUGGCUGCUCAGACCUCGGUCAGCCCGGCUGGGGGAGGCUGCAGGAGGCCAAGCCUGGCCUCCUUGGGUUCCUGCCCCUGCUGGGCUCCCGAGGUCAGCAGGAUCAAACUUCAAGCUUCACCUGGAGAGUGUGGUGCUCGUGUGUGGCCCCUGGGUGUCUGAAGGCCUUGAUCUGUGUGUCCGCCUGUUCUGUCCCGUCUACUCAUGUGCCUUGAGUGCACGUUGGCGUGGGUUCACGUGUGUGUGGUCCGUGUGUUUGUGCCUGCGGGUGUCUGUGCAUUUCUGAGCAUGAGCUUGUGUUUGUGUGUUCACUCGUGUGCCUGUUUGGGCAUCUUUGUGUGUGUGCGUGCAAGCACGUGAGCCUGUGUCCUGAGUGUCCCUGUGGGUGUGCCCCAUGUCUCCACACGUGUCCCUGAGUCAGCCGCAGUGAAGAUGCAGAGAUAAGCCCUGGGGGACAGCUUAGGAUGCUGAGUCCCGGGGCAUCUGCUUGCCCUGUCCUCUCUGAUUUGCCAGGUAUCCUAGCGACGCUGCUGCCAGUCGCCUAGCAACCAGGUCCCCAUCCUUGGAGACGGAUGCUCCAAGCAGGGUCUGGGCUAUGUGACUUCACACCUCUGAGGCUUAAUGCUCCUGUCUGCACGAAGGUGAUGCUGAUGACAAUGAGCCGUGUGGGGCCUGGUGACCCCCGCCUUCCCUGCGGCCCCCUCCUCCAGCCCGCGUGGCCCCUCCCCCUCAGGAGCAGCAGUCUCCUCCCCAUCCCCCAGCUCCGCGCUAGGCUGCUGCGUCUGGUCUGGCAGCUACAGGGAAGGAGCAGCCGCCGCCUGCCGCAGCCCUGUCCAGAUCCGGCGCUGAGGGCCGUGGGAUCCCAGCCCUGCUCUGCCAGCGCUGACCGUCAGCAUCCCCACAGUCUUGGCUCCCACGGAGGUUGCUAAGGUACCAGGUGGCUUUGCACGCAGGGAGGUGGCAUGGAGUCCCUCUUCCCUGCCCCAUUUUGGGAGGUCCUCUACGGCAGCCACCUGCAGGGCAACCUGUCCCUCCUGAGCCCCAACCACAGCCUGCUGCCCCCCAACCUGCUGCUCAAUGCCAGCCACGGCGCCUUCCUGCCCCUUGGGCUCAAGGUCACCAUCGUAGGGCUUUACCUGGCCGUCUGCAUUGGGGGACUGCUGGGAAAUUGCCUCGUCAUGUAUGUCAUCCUAAGGCACACCAAGAUGAAGACAGCCACCAACAUUUACAUCUUUAACCUGGCUCUGGCGGACACUUUGGUGCUGCUGACGCUGCCCUUCCAGGGCACAGAUGUCCUCCUGGGCUUCUGGCCAUUUGGAAAUGCCCUGUGCAAGACCGUCAUUGCCAUCGACUAUUACAACAUGUUUACCAGCACCUUCACGCUGACCGCCAUGAGCGUGGACCGCUAUGUAGCCAUCUGCCACCCCAUCCGCGCUCUCGAUGUCCGGACGUCCAGCAAGGCCCAGGCCGUCAACGUGGCCAUCUGGGCUCUGGCGUCUGUCGUGGGGGUUCCUGUCGCCAUCAUGGGCUCGGCGCAGGUCGAGGACGAAGAGAUUGAGUGUCUCGUGGAGGUCCCCGCCCCACAGGACUACUGGGGCCCCGUGUUUGCCAUCGGCAUCUUCCUCUUCUCCUUCAUCAUCCCCGUGCUCAUCAUCUCCAUCUGCUACAGCCUCAUGAUCCGGCGGCUGCGUGGCGUCCGCCUGCUGUCCGGCUCCCGGGAGAAGGACCGGAACUUGAGGCGCAUCACGCGGCUGGUGCUGGUGGUGGUGGCGGUGUUCGUGGGCUGCUGGACGCCCGUCCAGGUCUUCGUGCUGGUCCAAGGGCUGGGCGUUCAGCCGGGCAGUGAGACCGCAGUGGCCGUCCUGCGUUUCUGCACGGCCCUUGGCUACGUCAACAGCUGCCUCAACCCCAUCCUCUACGCUUUCUUGGACGAGAAUUUCAAGGCCUGCUUCCGAAAGUUCUGCUGUGCUCCUGCCCUGCGCCGGGAGAUGCAGGUGUCUGACCGUGUGCGCAGCAUUGCCAAGGAUGUGGCCCUCGCCUGCAAGACCUCCGAGACAGUACCACGGCCCGCAUGACUAGGCGUGGACCUGCCCAUGGUGCCUGUCAGCCCACAGAGCCCGUCCACACCCAACACGGAGCUCACCCAGGUCACCGCUCUCUAGGCUGACGGCAACCUGAGCCCUGAGCGUCGCCGGACUCACAGACUUCACCGUGGCUUCAGAGGGCCCAGUGACAUCAUGGGACAGGUCAGACUACAGCUGCCCUCCGGGUUCAGGGUGGAGAGGGGACGCGAGGACCCACCGGUGACCAGAGCGCACGCCAACUCUCCUAUGCGCCUCGGGACCCUUCUGGCCUCUGCCCCACCACGCCCUGUGCGCUCUUGGCGUGCACACACCUGGAGGCGUAACAGCAGCGUGCCCACCCCGUGCCCCUGCGCGGCGUGCCGUCUGCGUGGAGCCCUGCCGCGUCUCCUUGGGCUUGGAACCGACUGGAGGGCUGCAAGGCGUCCGCGGGCAGCGGGGCUUGGAGCCGCUGGCACGGACUUGCCUGCGCCUCAGCUGCUCCCCUUCUUGUCCCCCACCUGCCUCUCAGCGGCUUUUCCCUCCAGAAGCGCCAAGAACUGUCAGCCUCAGCGCGUGCAGAGGCGGCUCAGAAGGCCUGUGGGCUGCUUGAUCACCUCAGGCCGCUGUUUCUUUUUUAAAAUGUCUUCUUUAAAAAUUGUAUUUCUCUUUUUAGAGAGAGAGAGAGGACGCAAGGCGGGGAGAGGGGCAGAGGGGGAGAAAGAGAAUCCCAAGCAGGCUCCGUGCAGAGCCUGACGUGGGGCUCAAUCCCACGACCCCCGGACCAUGACCCGAGCUGAAAUCAAGAGUCGGAAGCUCAACUAACUGAACCACCCAGGUGCCCCCACUCUGUCAUUACUGAAACAGCCCUGUGUUCCUGGUCUUGGCUGCUUGGUGCUGGGGAGGGCUCUGCCAUGCUCCGUCCGGGGGUCCCUGUGUCCUCCCCGGCUCUCUUGAAAUCAGAGGUCAGCAGCCAUGCAGCUGGCGGGACCCUGCGCCGUGUUUGGAUCCUGGUGGCUUUGGAAGAGGAGUGGCAGUGGGGAUGGGGUCUUCUUUGCCUCCCUCCCCCACCAAGUGACUGAUUCCUGCUUCAUUUACAAGCCUCCCAGUGUCUGUGGGGCAGGUCUGAGCUUCCUGCUGCCGGGACUUACCCUACCUGGGGCCACAUCGGGAUGGCUUCGCAUGCAGAGCUGGUGUAAGGGGUGGGGCUCGACAGGGCCUGCUUGAGCCAAGUGUGAGGACUGUCCAGCUGUGGAAACACUGGAGGGGAGGGUGUCUCCCUGCUGUUGUCACCAGAGAAGCACCCUCCCUGGUCUGCAGAUGUAACUGUGGUUUGGUGACUUUGCAAACACUCUUCCUGCAGAGAAACUGUUGAAUACUCCCAGCGCUGGACGGACUAUUCUGCCUCCACCUGUGAGCUGAGCUGCAGACCUCAGCCAGGUGACCUUAAGCACCUGCAAAGAACACGAAGCACUGACUUUGGGCCGACUUCUCCUGCUUCAGGGAGCCCUGGCCCUGUGGGGUUGCUCCUGGAGAGGAUGGGGCUGUGCUGGCUGCAGUGGGGGGGGGGGGGGGGCUCUGGAGACUGCGGCUGCCUCAGCUGGGGCACUGUCCUGCCAAGGCUGCAGGAUUUGUGAAUUUGUGCUGGUGUAACAUGUAUCUCCAUGUAUUUAUGCAUGCGGCAAGCAUGAUUUCCCCUACAUGUAACCAAACUUGAUCAUGCCUCUAGGCCCAUGGAGGGCCAUAAUAAAC